AUGUUUACCAAGAUCUUCGCCAUCGCUGUCUGCCUAUUCGGCCUAGCCCGAGCUGGAGCACUCUAUGGAGGAUCCAAUGGAUACUCCGGCUAUGGUGCAUACGGAGGCAACACCGGCUAUGCCAGCGGCUAUGGCGGAUACGGAGGCUAUGGCGGAUACGGCAGUAACAGCGGAUACGGCGGCUAUGGCGGAUACAGCGGCAACAGCCUUGGGUACGGCCUCAGCGGUCACGGUUACAGUGGCUACAGUCCAGCAACCUCAUACACUUCAGUAACUAAAGUUGUCCCCGCAACCGGUUCUGGUUACGUUGGGUCCCAUGGGGGAUAUUCUGGUGCUCAGGGUGGUUAUGGAGGUCUUGGCUACGGCUCUCACGGUUACAGCGAUCUUGGCUACUCUGGCAAUGGCUACAGCAACGCUGGCUAUGGCGCCCAUGGCUACAACAACCUCGGCUACGGCUCUGGUCUCGGCCACGCUACCUCCAGCGUGUCUGUAUACUCUCCCCGCUACGCUAGCAACGGCUACGGCGGUUACGGCAGUGGCGGAUACAGCAAUGGCGGAUACGGCUAUAGCGGAUACGGCCAAAACAUAUACGGAAACAAGCAAGCCUGGUGAUUAAUCUACCGUGUUGAUUCCUAUUAAUAACGAUGAUGUUGUGAUAACUCGAAAAUAAAUGUUUGAAAAUGUAA